AAAUAUCUGUAUAAACGUUUAGAGACGAAUGAACUCUCAGAGUUUAAAGUCUCUCUAAUUCAAUACCUUCCUUCCUGUAUAAACGUCACUUUACAUGUUGUGUUUAUCAAUUUACGUUGAUAUAAACGGCUUGAGAGAAUUGCGCUGAUUAUUGUACAAAUUUAAGUUUGUGGGUGCAAUAAAUUGGCUUCAACAUGGCACAAAGUAAAACGGACUUGAUGGCUGUUUUGGCCGUACUAAAAAAGUAUAAUUUGAAGGGAACGGAAGAUUUGUUGAAGAAGGAAGCAAGCUUGUCGGAUCUUCCGGACAACGCGGCAGGGGAAGCCGAUGUCAAUAGCGUUCUCGCCGCUUACAAAAGUGAAGGUGAUCCGGAUAUUUAUGAAAAUUCCUACAUGGAACUCCGGAGGUUUGUGGACGAAGCAUUGGAUAUUUACAAACAUGAGUUGGCUCUUAUCCUCUAUCCGGUACUGGUGCAUAUGUAUAUCGAGCUCGUUUACAACAACCAUGAAGAGCAAGCGAAGAAGCUUAUAUCGAAAUUCGGACCGGAACAGGAAUACUACUACCAAGACGAGUUGACCAAGUUGGCGAUGGUAACGAAAAGAGACCAAAUGAGUGGGAAUGAUCUAACAGACACGUUCAAAUCGAACGCAUUCACAAUUCGCAUUUCGCGAGACACGCUCUCCCUGCUGAAGCGGCAUCUACACGAGAAGAAAGCGUCUGUAAUUCUGAAUAUCGUAAACGAGCAUUUGUUCUUCGACUUGUACGAAGGGGUUGCGCGUAACAAGGCACAGUGUGAUGCCACUUCCGGUGCAAUGAUUGGUGAGGCUAAACGAUUGGAUAAUAAGGUAAAGGUGUAUUACGGUUUGCUGAAGGAGCCGGAUGUGCAAACGUUGGUUCAAGCUCCGCCGGAGGAAGACGAUGACAUGGAUCCGGAUGCGCCCGAUAAGCCUAAGAAAAAGAAACCCAAGAAAGAUCCGUUGUUUUCGAAAAAAUCCAAAUCGGAUCCAAACGCGCCCGCGUUGGACAGAAUCCCCCUGCCGAAGUUGAAAGAUGUGGAUAAGAUGGAGAAAAUAAAGGCACUGAGGGAGGCCUCUAAGCGAGUAAAUUUGGGGCCAGACUGUUUGCCCUCGGUUUGUAUGUAUACGUUAUUGAACGCGAAUUAUACUGUCACUUGCGCCGAAAUUUGCGAGGACUCGAGUUUGAUUGCGAUUGGAUUUUCGGAUUCGUCCAUAAAAGUUUGGUCUCUGUCGCCGAUUAAACUAAGAGAAAUGAAGGCUGCUGAUCAGCUGAAGGAAAUCGAUCGUGAUGCUGACGAUGUGUUGAUUCGUAUGUUGGACGAUCGCAAAGCUGAGACAAGUCGUGUGCUCCAUGGUCACAGCGGUCCAGUUUAUCGAAGCGCAUUCUCUCCAGACAGAACAUUGCUCUUAUCCUGUUCAGAAGACUGCACCAUUCGGCUUUGGUCCCUUCACACGUGGACAUGCGUUGUGGUUUAUAAAGGCCACCAGUUCGCUGUUUGGGACGUGAGAUUCUCUCCUCAUGGACAUUAUUUCGUGAGUUGUUCGCAUGAUAAAACUGCCCGACUCUGGGCAACGGAUUCCCAUCAACCUCUGCGGAUAUUCGCGGGUCAUUUGUCAGAUGUUGAUGUUUGCAUUUUCCAUCCAAAUUCAAAUUACAUAGCGACAGGGUCCAGCGAUCGAACUGUUCGUUUGUGGGACGUUUGCGUAGGCAAUCACUUGAGACUGAUGACGGGACACAAGGCACCUAUCUAUUCGCUGGCGUUCUCUAUCUGCGGUCGAUAUCUUGCGUCGGGUUCUGCCGAUUGCCGCAUUCUUGUGUGGGAUUUGGCUCAUGGCCAUCUGAUUGCGGCACUCUGUGGUCACUCUGCGUCAAUCCAUUCGCUCUGUUUCAGCCGAGAUGGAACUGCGUUAGCUACCGGGGGUUUGGACUGCUGCCUUAAACUGUGGGACUUUUCCAAACUGUGCGAGGAUAUCAGCGGGGAGAACGUGAACGUCUCGCACAACCCGGAUGUUCGCGAUGGUGAGCCCUAUCUGAUGCGUUCGUUUCCGACGAAACAGACGCCCUUCAUGACGCUACAUUUCACAAGAAGGAAUCUGCUGCUUGGCGUUGGAAUAUUCGAAGGGUCGGCAUAAAAUUGAUCAAUAUAUUUUAAAGAUACAGAUUACCGUAGAUACUAAGGUUCUUUUAUGUAUGUUUUUCGAUGCCUAUAAAGGUUAAAUUGAAUAAUAAAACAUAAAUUGGUCCAACCUAAGACGGGAAGAGGCAAAGA